GGGUUAGGGUUAGAGGGGUAGGGUUAGAAGGUUAGGGCAGAACAAGCUGGAUACACAUUUCGUACGUGUUAACCCCAUAUUUGCUCUCUUCCACCCCCAGAAGAACCACAACGCUAGUUAGUGUAAAGGUUGCCAUGCAAUGAUGUCACUAACUUUAGAACUUUUAACUCCAUGAACAUGGAUUAAACAUUCUGACUAAACUAGAUGCCUGUUUAACGGUUUGCCUGUUACGAUCUUAAACUCUCUCGUAGGGACAUCGCAGAUGUUCCCGCAUCUCAGCCAUCACUUUGACCAAUGUAAUGUUAUCAAUCGUUACGAACUACGGCAAAAACUGGAAUUAUCCUUUAAACGUUCCCAAUACCGAUCGGGCCGAUGAAACAUCUACCUACGAAAAGUGUCGCCGAGGAUGAUCGGCGUCAUCUACCUUCCAUUCAGUUCAUAGCCGAACCUUUCCAAGCAGCAUUUUGGGGAAUGUAUCAGCCAUAAUGGACCUUUAUGUUUUUCUAAAACAAAAUGAACUCUCUGAAUUCUCCCUCCGUGAGCUGCGAGUCGCCGCGUGUCAUGUUGAUGGUCCUCGACGGAAAAGCCGCUCUGUAACGCGGAUGGCGGGGAGAAACCUUUUGGCUUCCUCCCGCGCUUCCCUGGUCACGCUACACCCACCGACACGAGGGCGAAUCACCUCCCGACGCCCGUUGGUUGGCUUGUUUCUCUGUGCUCGGCUUCCGGGCGUCACUCACUGCACGCGGAAGUCGUGCGUGUUUUUCCAACAGGGACAAAUAGACACAAAUUGCACUACUAACCGUAUAAUGCAACAUAGUAGAAAGGCUGUGUUUCAUAGAUUCUGUUUGUGGAAUAGGUUUUUCUGUAGGUCCGAAGAACAAAUAAUACCGUGUACCGUACUCUUCAGAGGAGACUACAUCCCGUCCGCGUGGGUUUAUUUUGCGGUCACGUUGGACCGGACCGACGUCUUCUGUCGACCUUUUGGAUCCCGUGUCUGUACAGCGACCCCCUGUUUUUUUCGCCACGCAGGGAAGGAGUUGUCGAGAAUCGUUGCAGAGUGAGAUGAACAUUUUACAUAACAUUUUACAUUUGUAUGUUUUCUUUUCUUUUGGUGCGCGUGUGCAUGAUUUGGUGUGGGUGACUCCCUCUCGCACAGCCUGAGUGCAGCCAUCACACACUUGAAUAAAAUGAUGAGCCUCCUUCUGAAACCCUCUGUCUUGUUCUAACUGCUUAUUAUUGCCCAUGGGGUUUUACAUUGUUAAAAAACAGUUACUAUGUCAUUAUAUAUUCAUUAAAUCAAAUGUUUUAAUUAUUUGUAAAUGUGCCGUGGGCCAUUUCCUCUCAGUUAAAACAGUUUCAAGAUCAACAAACUCUAUUUGAGUUACUACUAUUUGAAGAAUUUGUAUUUGGACUUAAGAACCUCUUGGGUAUAUUUAAUUUAGACAGCAAAAACUAAUGUUAUUCUCAAGAUCACAUCUUUUUGAAGUGAAGGUUUAGAGAAGUGGGGCCUCCCAGCAUGUCCGAUGAGAGGAGACCGCUGAGAUGAUGAGAGCAUCCGCUGAAGAAUACGAACAAGCACUCUGAGCUAAAUUAAAUCGGCUCAAUACAAAAUAUGUUCUAUUUCAGACAAUGAUCGGAUGAGAGUAAAAUAAUAUGAGCUGCAAGACAAAAGCCUGAAGCCUAUUUUUCUUCUUUCACUUUAUUUUCAAACGCCAAACGAGUCAAUUGAAAUUCCGGAAAUAUGCUCCCAGUGGUCGGCUAGCCUAGCUUAGCAUAAAGACUCUACCUAGGGGGGGAAACAGCUCGCUUCUCUAUUGUCCAGCGAUGUUUUUACUAAACAAAACCCAAUCAACGCCUAAACUGGCUGGUUCCAUCCAGUAUUUGUAGAAAUACAAACAUUGAAAGAAAUACAGUGGUCCUAUUCUUUGAAAUAUCAGACUCUCAGGAACAACAUUAAACGUCCAAUGUAGGUGACUAUAGUUUUGAGGUUUUCCUUUUAGUUUAGGUUAUAAAUGAAGUAUGCCACCACGCGUACGACUCAUAAAACAUUGACUGGGCUUCAUACAGGAGAUGAAGAGCACCCGAAAGUCUUGUGGUUACUCCCCAUUCACACCACGUCAGCUACUCUGAUUGUCUAACAACAAAGCGGAUGGGUUUACAAUAGAGGUAUUAUGAUCCUGGAUAAAACCUCCCGCAGCAGCAACAUAAGGGACAAUUUCACCGACGGAGGAUUUCUGCUGUCCAGUCGCCUGCCUUCUUCUCCCCGAGGGGCUCAUGCAGUGCAGCUGGAUGUUCAGUAGGUGGGAGAACAAGCAGGCAGCAUCCCCUUUCUCUCCCUUCCCACACCGCGGUAAUUAUAUGUCAGCCGCGAACGCGCAGGGCCACACAAUAAGAACAUGGCAGCGGGGCGUAAAGGCCAUCUCCUGGCGCCAGGCCUGUAAUUUUGCAUCUUGAACGAUCGUGUAAACGUAGCUAAGUUGUUCUGCAGCCUCCAACGCACCGAUGAUGUGAUGUAGCUCUGCAGUGAGCGCCUGCUGACACGAGAGAACGAGACAAGGGACCGCAAGAGAUUUCCAACAGUGCUUCUGCCUGAAAAUGGAUUAUUGCAGGAGGCAAAACUGCCCGCUAAUACGAGCGCCGUCCAUCGCUUGAUAAAAACAGGGGGUUGAUGUGGGAGCGAUGGAGCCGCAUUUUAAAAUAAGCUGCUGUCUUGAAGUGAUUAAGAUCUGCAGGCGAUACACGGCACGUCAUUGCAAUCCCGUCUGUCUGCAGAUGCUCGUGCUGAAAACUAUCACCUCGGAAGAGAUGAUAGUUAAAGCUCAACCCCAACAAAUUGUGACAGUAUUGAGUUUACACCUUUAUCCGUCUUGCCAAGGGUUCUCGUUACAUCGCCUGCACCAGGCUGGUUUUGGUUUCAUAAGGGGAGGCAGCACGACUUUUAAAAAAUAGGUAUGUGUCACAAUAAAUGAUUUUUCAGCCAAGAGGAAAUUCUAGGCACGCAUACCCUCACUCAGUGGCAACUGAACGUUUUGGCUUGUAACAGUUGCUUGUGAACCCUGAUAUCAGCCAGUGGACAUGAAUCCUGAGCAGUUCAGACAGAAAUGAAGGAUUUGUAUGAGCUUGAGAAAAUCAUUGUUUUGUGGAGCUGACAUUCGAUGACCACAUCAUUUUUGAGGGGGGGGGGAUGUCGAAGGGGUUCCAAACAAAUCCCAAACGCGCUGCUACGUUGCGGUAGUAUUUUAUUUGAUGAGAAGAAUGGUGUUCUGCUGACAGCCUGCUUUGUUCUAAAGACAAUGAUGAUGACACGAACCUCCACCCUUUAACGCUGUAAUAUGCAAAGGAGGUAUGUGGCACCAUCUAGUGGCAAAGGCACUGCAGAAUGUCUGCUACAUUUUUCUUCUUCAUAAUCACCUGAGCAGCAACUGGCCAUUAUUUCAUGCCAUUGCGAAGCUGCACUGCGGACCAUGCAAGCAAACGGGCCUUUGCCUCCGUGUGCACGCGGGAUGAUUAGAGAUUCCUGUCCUGCCCUGACACCCUAAUCUGCCUAAUUACAUUAAGGCAGCUAAAACCUUCUCCAACCGCAGUGCCAGUUGCUCAUGUGGCACAAACCAAACAAACACACGGACAACGACGAGAUAGUUCACCUCUGCUGAAAGAAUCUUCUUCAGGCGGGAGAUGUUUGUCAAACUUGGGGGCUCCCCAGCGAGAAGAAAUGUUGACCAUGCAAAGUUAAAAAUACCAUGUUGCGUCUGAAUGGUCAAAACCUCAGGCUGGCGGCUAAAAAUGGCCUCGAUUCCAAAACACCUGCCCCCCAUUUGUCAGCAACCCGCGGGAGGGAGACGGCGGGUCGGCUUACGGCCUCGCUGCUGCCCACGUCCCCCGGGCCUGACUCCCGGAGGCCCCCCAGACGCCCCCCGAAGCUCGCCCCGCUGGAGCUGCCAGAGGCGGUGAGGGAGUCCCAGAGGCGGAAACUUCAGCUCAUCCAGCAGGAGGCCAAACCGGCUUCCUGUCAGCUGGACGCGACGGGGGCCGACACCUGCGCGGGGGAGGUAAAAUCCUGCGUGGGACGGAAACCGGAAAAAGCUGCAGGUCGCCCCGCUGCCUCCGCCGAGAGACACGCACCUUCGAGGCCCCGGCCGGCGCGCUCCGUCCCCGCAGAGCACAACGGAGACGAGCUCCUGGAGGACGCGGUGCGUCGAGGUGCCCCAGCGCCGCUGGGCAGCAGGCCCGCCCCACCUUUGCUUGCCCACAGAGCUGGAGCUCGAGCCCCGCGUCCCGUGGAGGUGGCGCGUGAAAUCCCCCAGCGCCCCCCAGCAGGGGAAAAGGCGAGGCGGUGGCUGAGGCCGAGGAGAUCGCAAGGCCCGGGAGAGGAUAAGUGCAAUUCACUCACUUCGACCGGGGGAUUAUCUGCAGAUAAAGGCGAGCUGGCCCAAGGUGUCCAAGGCGAAGGGAAGAAGGCAGAGAGGGCUGGAAAAGCCAUCAGAGAGCCUCCUGCAGCCCACCGGGAGCGAGGAGGCCGUAUCAGGGAAAGCCAUCAAGAGGACUGCAGGCAGCCAUGUGCUCCGACCGGACAGACGAAGGUGGGAGCGGUGAACAUCCGCUCGACGGUGCGAAGCCGAGUGCUUCUAAUUGUGGAUUAAAGAAGAAAACGUGAUCUCAAAGCACAACAGCGCUUUCCCUCUGGAACGUCUCCAACUGUAAUUCGAUUGGAUCUUUCACUUUUGCAGCUCGGGACUUUAUUAAAUGAUGUCAUGCUCAGAGAUGGUCCGCCAGAAACAGGCUUAACAUCCCAGUUUGGCAGCUGAUUUAUAGUCUAAGUUACUCAGCAGAUGAAAAGCCUCAUGUGGGAAUCAGAAAGGGCUGCUGUAUUUAUACACUGCUGUACACACACAAACAACGGCAGCAAAUGGCUUCGAACAGUUUAAUGUGCAAUUAUUUAAUUUCACCAGAUUUGACUUCAGAAAUGGGCCCAUAUUGAAAUAGCAACGCAGGCAACACAUCGCUGGCAGGAAGCCGGAUGAUUUGGAGUUUGUAGAGCUGACUUUCCCUCGUGUUCCCAAACAACAUUUCAUAAUGACGUGCUCCAUAAUAACAUUUCAUGAAAGUGUAGCAGCUCUAUCUUGUGCAAUUUGUUAUUUCCCAAACCUUCUGCCCUAGAUAAGACUGUGUAAUGAUUCAAUGCACGGAACAAAGUAAAGCUGCUGGCACAUCACAGAGAGUUACAUCGGCCAAGAUGACCCUCAGAGAAAAUAGUUUGGACCGAUGAGUUAAACAACAGCCGACAAUGACCAUCCUUACUUUCAUCAGUCAAAUGUUACAAUGAAUGUACAAUAAUUAAAGACUUUUAACAAUA